AUGGAAAUAGGUAAAUUAAGUAAAGACAUCAGAACACAAAUGAAAAAAGAUCGUAAGAGUUAUAGACUAAAAAUCUUUGAGAAACAUAUUGUCAAGACAGGGGGAAUUAAAAAAGCUGUUAAGUUUAUGACAGAUAAAACAAACUGGAUACCAAAGAUGAAAGACCGAACGGACACGACGAAGACCAAAAGAUACGAUAUAUUAAACAUCGCUACCAAAUUCUACGAAGACCUGUAUUCCAAAAAAAUUAAAACCGACGAAACUGACUUACAGAGCAACGAAACUGUUCCACCAAUAUUAAAAGGAGAAAUAAUCAAAGCCAUAGAAACACAAAAAAUUGACACAGCUCCUGGACCAGACUCUAUCAGUAAUGCACUAUUAAUGGAGUGUAAAAGCGUUCUUGCACCAAUACUGCAAUAUAUCUUUAAUGACAUACUAGACACAGAAACCAUACCAACCCAGUGGGCAAACUCGUCAAUAACCCUUCUCCACAAAAAGGGAGAUAAGAAUGAAAUCAACAACUAUAGGCCCAUUAGCCUGAUGUCCAAUAUAUAUAAAGUAUUCGCAAAGAUCAUCCUCCGUCGAAUAACCAGGAAUCUAGACGAGAAUCAGCCAAGAGAACAGGCUGGAUUCAGGGCAGGAUAUUCGACGCUGGACCACAUACACGCAGGAGAUCCUAUUUCCCCUAAAUUAUUUACCGCGGUCUUAGAAGAGAUCUUUCGAAAACUCGAUUGGGAUCAAUAUGGCUUAAAUAUACAUGGACAACACCUAAACAACCUGCGCUUCGCCGAUGAUAUUGUUAUAUUCGCGGAAUCAAGUACUCAUCUCCGAAGCAUGCUAGAGGACCUAGAGAGGGAAAGUCGUAAAGUCGGCCUCACAAUGAAUAUAACAAAAACUAAAAUCAUGACGAACGCUACGGAAUCUCCUAUUAUAUUAAACAGUAAACCCAUUGAAUAUGUAAAAGAGUACACUUAUUUAGGCCAACAGAUAUCCAUAAAUAAUGUUAUGUCGAAAGAAAUAGAUACGAGAAUUGGUCUUGCUUGGAAAAGUCAUUGGAGACUGAAAGAAAUAAUGAAAAAUGAGGAAACAAAUGUAUACAUUAAGAAGAAGCUUUUUAACACAUGUGUAUUACCAGUUCUUACUUAUGGUUGCCAAACAUGGUCACUUACCAAAGCGCAAACCUCAAAAAUAAGGACAUGCCAGACGUCUAUGGAAAGGAGCAUGUUAAAUAUUAGGAAAAAAGACAGAGUAAGGAAUAAAACAAUCAGAAAGCGUACGAAAGUAGAAGAUGUAAUAUGUAAAACACGGAAGCUUAAAUGGGAAUGGACUGGCCAUAUAUUAAGAGGAUGCGAAAAAUGGAAUAGAACAUUGAUUUUUUGGUAUCCCAAAAAUGGAAAAAGGAAACGGGGGAGACAGAUUAGAAGGUGGGAAGACGAAAUCGUAGCAACAGCGGGAAAAACAUGGACGAGGACAGCACUGAACAGAAAAGAGUGGAAGGGAAUGGAGGAGGCCUUUGCCAAAUUAGGGCAAACAGACCAAUCUGCCGAUGUCGACUCAUCAGAGUCUUGA